CUGUUGGUCCGAGCUAACCUAACCUAACCUCGUCGCGAUCAGCAGCGAUCAGCAGUGUUCGUGGAAGCGGACGGACGGUGACAGUCGUUGAGUGAGGUAAGCGCGCGACCCUCUCUUCGACGAGGUCGAACGGUCGCGCGCGCGACGACAACGACGAAUGCUUCGGUCGCUGGCGUCGACCGUCUCGAAUUAUGGCAAACCGCAGGACAAGGACCGAAGAGCCGUGUCUUCGAUUGUCAUUGUCAAAGCGCAGCAUGUGGUCCUCGUCGUCCGACGAGGACGAGAAGAUACCCGCCAUUGCCAGUCGCAUCCGCGCUGCGGCCCGUAGAAAUCCUCCGAUGGGACCGCCGAUGGAUGGUGAGAUUGCCUAUCCGUUGUCAUCGUCAUCCGACGAAGAGGGGAUGACUAGGACUCAAGGGUGCAAGAACAAUCCACCGACGUCACCAACGUCACCGACGUCGGACCGUUUCACCAGGAGUCGCGUCGACGCCGUCGACCAGGCGUUAGGUCAAGACGCAUCAUCGCGCCGUGAUAACAAUCCCUUUAGUUUUAAAGCCUUUUUGAAGAACGGCACGCAGCAGCAGACAAAUUAUCACAAUACUGGCGCGCGACCCAAGGUCUACACGUCGCCCACGUCGAGUCCCGGCAACGUUCUCGACAAAGACAGCACCAGUGGCAGUGUCUAUUCCAGCCGUAAUCCGACGGAGCUGCCGGAUUUUGUACAGGAUCAUUUGGUUAUCGAGCAGUGCUAUCUGAACCAUGAGUCCAGCCAGCCGGUGCUACCCGAUGUGGACAAUCUGCCGGACUUCGCGCUAAACAGCGUGGAGCAACGGCAAUCGCGACUGCGAAACGAGACCAAGAAGAACGAUUCAGACGCCCUAUGCGAUGAUCUGCGAUUGUUCGAUCUCACCGGUAUGCUGCAUAAGGGACUGCCAUCGCACAGAAAUCAUGCCGCAUCAAAUGCGAAUCACUUGGACCUGCCUACAUUCGAGGACAGGCAGGACGAAAACGCGUCCUUUCUUCCUCGCUCCGAGCACAGAGAGUUUCCAUUUGAUCUACCGUUACCGCUUCCCGAAUCCAAUCCCAGUGCAAAUGCAACUGCACGGGACGGCCCUCCGCCGGUGAGUGAAACGAACGUUCACAAAUCCCUGCCGGACUUCUUGAGCGACGGCCCCAUACAUAAUAGGUCCACAGAUCCAGAACCUGUCGCAGGCAUAGCAGAAUCCGCGGAAAGAAGGCUUUUGCUCGAAAACGAAAGAUUGCGUCAUCAGUUGGAGGUAGCUCGAAGGCAAAUUAAUGAGAAGGCGGAAAGAAUUCGUUCGCUGGAGGCAGAAUUGUUAGCUAAACGUGAGGUCGAGCACGAAGAGGCGGCCCACUUGGAGAAGGCGAUGGAGCAGGUCGAAGAUAACUUAAAACGAAGUACAAAGCGAGCAGUCAACGCCGAAAGCACUGUUACGUCGUUGAAAAAGGAGAUCAAAACUUUAACGACAGAGAUAUCCCUGCUACGACUGGAGAAUAGUGAAUUGCGCGCAGGUAUCUCGGCGGCUGGACAAAGCAAGUCGGGCGUUAAUGUCGCUAAUCGUACGAUCAAGAGACUCGCUCGUGAUCUAUUCACGGCUGCAUCGACGGCUGAAGUGUCGCUCAGGCAGUUAAUAUCCGGUGUGGACAAUCUGAGAGUCCUCGCAUCGACUCUCGAGAAUAUGGACAGGAUAGAAGACUGGACCAAAGACUUUUUACCCGACUCCGACGAGGACAAUGCUGCCGGUCCUGCAGUAUAAUAAAACGUUCUCUUUCUCUUUCUCUUUCUCUAUAUUAUAUAUAUAUAUAUAUAAUAUAUAUAUAUAUAAUAUAUAUAUAUAUAUAUAUAUAUUCGUAUUUUCGCACUGUAUCCCGUUUUAUCACUUCUCCAUAUAUUCCAUCAAAUCACAAUUUCGCUGCGCAUCUAUUGUUAACCCUUCAUUCUUGCCUUGACAAGUUUAACACAUUUGUGCAGCUUCGUUGCGAAACGUAAUGAGACACAUUCAUCAUCCGAUCGUUUCUUGUUACCUGCGCUCGUCGCAGUAUUUCAAAUUCUCAUUCCUCCGUUCAUACCAAACAUUCUAACGCAAGAUCAUCUCACACAAUUCGAGCAUGUAUAAACACGUAUUAUUUAUGAAGUAUUCGUUAUAUUUUUGUAUUUCUGUUUGUGAACAGUUUGUAAAAUCUAUUCAACGCACCGUACAGAGAUGCAUCUCCGAUGACGUAAUUGCGACUUUCCUCAAUUAAAAGGAAUAUAUUUUCUUAGUUGUAUAUUGUACGUGGACGAGAAAUGUGGAUUCAAAAAGUACUCGGAAUAUCACGUGACGUUGUCGCACGACCGAUACAGACGUUAAAAGCAAUCGCUCGCGUACACCGCGCGCAAGUACAGCAUGUGAUGUAAAACAAAAUAUAUUUUUAACGAAAGAAAUACUGACCCUUUUACCGCGUAUACGACAUGUACACACGAGGCUUUAAAUAGAGAUAUGAAACAGAUGUACAUUUAGUCCGAUUUCCAGUCCAUAAUUUUAUUGCUAAGUGCAUCAUGACAAUGUGUAUAUAUCGCCAGUGCAAUACUUAUUUUCGAUAUUGGAUGUGCAGGUAUACGCCAGAUUACGCUCCAACGUGUGCGAUAUGUGUAUAUAAAAACUUUGGUAUUGGAAAAAAUUAAAGAAACAAUACGCACACGUAUAUAUGUACAUAUAUGCAGGUAUACAUAUAUAGAACCACAUUUGGCAAAUGGUCGUGGUGCUCGCUGUCAACUUUUUUACUUGACACUUCAAAUAGUUAUAAGCCUCAAAUGAAAAAGUUAAGUGACACGAGUAGUUUGAGUGUUCGAUCAUUAAAAGAUGUCCAGAAAUCAGGCACUUUUCGAUUCUACCAUAAAUUUGAAAUGGAUAUUUUUUUAACGUAUUGUAGCGGAAUGAUGGAUAAAAAAUGCGAAAUAAAAGAUCGUGAAUAUCGUGUAAAACACAAUAAAUUAAUGAAUUACCAAA